GCAACAAGAACGGGGGCAGCCACUCCAGCAGCAGCCGCUUGCAGAGCAAGAAGCCCCCCAACCUCUCCAUCAUCAUCCCCCCCCGCGAGGCAGAGGAGGAUGGUGCCCGCAAGGAGCCCUCCAAAGUCCCCAUCUACCGAAAGAGCAAGAGCCUGCAGGAGCCCCGCUCGAAGGGAUGCGACAGCUCGGAGCGCCAGCCCGGNNACCAGCUGGGUGACAAGCGCUCCCGUCGUGUGUCCAGGGGCACGGCGGAAUGGUUUGGCAUCAGCAGCGACUGGGAGGGGAAGCGGCAGCAGUGGCAACGCAAGAGCUUGCAGCACUGCAGCAUGAGAUACGGCAAGCUGAAGCCUGCCUACCGCGACAUGGAGCUGCCCAGCCAGGAGGUGCCCUCCUUCCAAGGCACCGAGUCACCCAAGCCUGCCAAGAUGCCCAAGAUCGUGGACCCACUGGCCAGGGGCCGUCCCUUCCGCCAUCCCGAAGAGACCGACCGUCCCCACACACCCCACCACGUCCUGCCCCCGGUCACCCCCGGCGUCGUCUCCUUGGCAUCCUUCAACAGCAUCCGCUCCGGCUACAGCCGCCUGCCGCGCAGGAAGAGGGAGUCUGUUGCCCACAUGAGCUUCAAGGCGGCCGCAGCCCUUCUCCGUGGACGCUCUGUCCUGGAGCCGCUGGCUCCCAAGCAGAGGAGCAACAAGAGGAGCUUCAUGUUCCCCAGCUUCAUGGACGACGACAUGGUGGACGCUGCCGAUACCCUGGACUCGUCCUUCUUCAGCAAGAUGGACAUGCACGACGAGAUGUACUCCAUGCCCGAUGACGUCUUCGAGUCGCCACCUCUAUCAGCCACGUAUUUACGCAUCCACACCGGGGGGGAGGCUACCCAGGUCCCCUGCUGCGGUCAGCACAAUGUCCCCAGCCAUCCCUGCCACGAGGCGCUGGGCACUUUUGGCGUGAUGGGUUUCUCCUCUCUCUGCAGGAGGGAGGGUGUCCAGCUCUCUUUGGCCUCCACUGGUGCCGGCCCGGCUCCCCGGCGGGGCAGGCGCAUUGCUUCCAAAGUGAAGCACUUCGCCUUCGACCGCAAGAAACGCUACUACGGGCUGGGGGUGGUGGGGAAGUGCCUGAACAGGACGUACCGCCGCAGCCUGAGCAGCAUCGUGCAGUCACAGCUGGAGAUCACCGACAGCCACCGGCCCUAUUUCACAUACUGGAUCACCUUUGUCCACAUCCUCAUCACCUUGCUGGUCAUCAGCACCUACGGCAUCGCCCCCAUCGGCUUCGCCCAGCACGUGACGACAGAGUUAGUGCUGAGGAACAAGGGCGUCUACGAGAGCGUCAAGUACAUCCAGCAGGAGAACUUCUGGAUCGGGCCCAGUUCGAUCGACCUGAUCCACCUGGGAGCCAAGUUCUCCCCCUGCAUCCGGAAGGAUCAGCAGGUGGAGCGACUCAUCCAGCGUGAGCGGGACCGGGAGCGCGGCUCUGUCCAGAACGACAACUCGGGCUGCAUCCAGACCCUGCCGCAGGACUGUUCGGAGACGCUGGCGACGUUCAUCAAGUGGCCGGGUACCAACGCGCCGGCCAUGGGCUUGGGUGAGAAGCGGACGUCGGGGGCUGUGUGCCACCAGGACCCCAG